AUGCCACCUACAAUGCGCACACCCACUGUCGAGUUUCGAUCACUCCUUCUACUACCAGUAAAGAUACCGAUACGCGCUCUCCGAACAUUGUACCGCCCGCAAUGCGCCCCCCGGGUUCCGCCCAUCCAACGCCUCGAGCAACGCCGUGCGCUCAACCUGUACAAGACGGCCAGGGCCAAGACAGUCCUCGGACAGCACAAGGUCCUGAACUUUAGUCCGUAUACCUGCCCGCCGCUGGACACAUUACAACACAAGGUCAAUCUCUGGAAGUCGACCACCAAGCAUGGCACACAGGGAGUUGUCAUGACCACAAAGGGGGACUUGAUAGCGGACAAUCUAUCAUUGCAAGACCUCUACGACUCCCACGUCAAAGAUGGACAAAUGCUCUUUUGUUUAGAUGCACUGAAGAAGGGGAUGGCGCAGGCUUAUUUGGACACAGAGGACAAGAGCGAAGAUGACAGGAGAAUACCUGAAGAACCUAGGAAUUUCUCCAUCACCAAACCUACCAGGCUCGGUGUCCCGUCGUCCAAGAAGGGUAAAGAAAUUGCAGGACUAAAAACUAUUGUCAUGAACGAGUCAAGUCCACCGGCAUACUACAGUCUGUCACUGAAUCGCGCAUAUCAAUUCAUUGACGUUGGCUGUGUUGUGGAGUUCCGCCUCCGAUUACAAGGCAAGACACUGUCAAAAGAGGACAAGAUCAAGCCGGCAGACCAUUGCCAUUGGCAAUGGAUGCACUCGUAUUUCCCACAUUUACGACCGGACUUUAUCAUGAAGGGAAUGCCUGAAGACACAAUCUAUCUGAUCCAGCCUGUGAGUGAUGGACGCGUGGUGCAAUGGGUGGCGUCGAAACCAGCACAAGUCCACCCCACGAUAGACCUUACAAAACGAGUAUUCAAUAUCAAAAACUCCGUUGGCCGCUCCAUCAACCAAGGCAAACAAGCCAUGCUGCCAAGGAAAAUGCGUGAGCAGUUGAGAGAAUCUGGGGUGGCCGACUACUCGCCCAACACCGCCAUGCCGAAACAGCUGGCUCGGGCCAAGUUUGGAAGGGGUGGGAACGUCAAGUACAGUAGCGAGGAGAAGAAGUAUUUCAAGAAGGAUGCGGAGACGGAUGGAUUUAUGACGCCGGACGAAGACUUAAUGAGAAAGGGCCUAAGGAUCAAGACGGUGGAUGGCUCGUUUGAACGUGAAAUGUGGGAAGGGAAGCAUCGUUGGGAGGCCCGUGGACACAGAGGUGACUUUCUGAAUGAGAAAAGGAAAAUUCCAAAGGAAUAG